AUGGAUUGCCGCGUUACCUGCAUACUCCUGUUUUUAAUUAGCUGCCUCAUUUUGCCAGUGCUUAGCAAAUCUGCAGAAACAACAGACACAUCGAAAGAGAUGGAGAAGGCCUCCUCCAGUAUGGAAGAAGACAAUGUUGGGGAGGCAGAGAAGAAUAACAGUGAUGAAGACUUUCUGAAAUCUAAAGAGCGACUCAAUGCUGAGUUCUUGACCUUCAGUGCGCCUGAGGAAGAUGAAAGCGAGGACGAAGAGAAAAUUGAAAACUUGCUUGAGCUAUUAAGUCCAAGACGGAUAUUCUUAAUUGAGGCGCCUGCGAAUACUACGAUAAUUGGUAUCGACAACAAGGCAGAGGAAAGAGAUGCGAUCGCGGAUGUUUUCUCUGGUGGAAAUACUGACGCUGAUAACAAUAGUGAAACUAAAAAUCAAUAA